AUGAUGCACAUUAAGGCACACCAGAAGGUGAGCUCAGAAUUGGAGGAAGGAAAUGAGCUGGAGGACAGAGAGGCCAAAGAAGCAGCAAAAGGUGCAGUAGCAACUGAGGGAGCCUUGAUUGCAAAUGGACAGAUUUCCUUAGAAGGAUGGCCAGAGGCUUUCCCCACCAGGAUUGCUAAAGCUCCAGAGGUGACCAAGGACCUGGGCUCCAUCUGCACCACUGUCCCCAAAGCCAUGCACAAUUCCCUCUGGCACACCAACAACAUCUCCUACUCUGCAUGUGCUGCUCAGGUGUUUUUCUUUAUGUUCUUCAUCUCAGCAGAGUUUUCCCUCCUGACCAUCAUGAGCUACGACCGCUACGUGUCCAUCUGCAAACCCCUGCACUACGGGACCCUCCUGGGCAGCAGAGCUUGUGCCCACAUGGCAGCAGCUGCCUGGGCCAGUGCCUUUCUCAAUGCUCUGCUGCACACAGCCAAUACAUUUUCCCUGCCCCUGUGCCAUGGCAAUGCCAUGGGCCAGUUCUUCUGUGAAAUCCCCCAGAUCCUCAAACUCUCCUGCUCACACUCCUACAUCAAGGAAUUUGGGCUCAUUGUAUUUUCCAUUUGUUUAGGACUUGGCUGUUUUGUGUUCAUUAUUUUCUCCUAUGUGCAGAUCUUCAGGGCUGUGCUGAGGAUUGCCUCUGAGCAGGGAAGGCACAAAGCCUUUUCCACCUGCCUCCCUCACCUGGCUGUGGUCUCUCUCUUUGUCAUUACUGGUUUAUUUACCUACCUGAAGCCCCCUUCCAUCUCCUCCCCAUCCCUGGAUCUGUCCCUGUCAGUUCUGUACUCAGUGGUG